ACGGUGAGCACCAUCGCGUAUCACAUGAAAAAAUAACACGAUAGUGUCCGAACAUUAAAAAUGAAAUAAACACUGGUUGGUGAAAAAACAAAAAAAUUGUCUGUGACGUAUUGUGUUCUAAUUUUGAUUUUACGCGCCGAACGCGAUGCGGCUAGAAAAUCGCGGCGCGCAGACUUGCAUGAUAGUUUGUUGACAGUUAUUAAAAUAAAUCUAAGUGCUAAAUAAAUUAAGUGUUCAUACUGUGUGUACAUACCUAAAUUGCUUAGUGUUUAGUUAAGUUAUGAAGUGCUCAAACGUGUAAAUAGUUUUGGUAAGGUUGAAAAAGCGAGAAAGACAUUUCCUACAAUUCCGGAGCGCUGUAUUCACCUCGCAUUAGUUAAUCCUACCAUGCGACCGUUCGUGUUCAUUUUAAAGAGGAAAUAAAACAAACUAAACAACCGAGCCAAACAGGAGACGUUUGAAUAUAGCCGGGUAUAAUCUUGGCGUGGUACAGUGAACUAAUUACUGUGAGAGACUCCGCGUGAGAGCAGUGUGCACGCAUACGGCAACCCUUCAGUGCGACAGAGACGGAAGUGGGCAGUUUUCCAAGAUGAAUUUGAUGUUUCGGAAGAACUUCAGCGGGGAGAAAACCGUCUCGUCGAGCGGGGGUGGGGGGAAGGCGCGGGGCGCGCUAGGUGCAGGGAGGAACGCCAAGCGCCGCGACCGCGAGCGAUACUCCUGCAUGGAGGAACACCACUACAAAACCCACAUAUUCUUCUCAGCUGCACCUCGGGCCAGUGCGCAGUACAACGACCUCACAGGUAAACAACGAUGCGGGCCUGUAAUAGGCGGUGGUACAGGGCCGGACCCCGAACCGCCGCAGCCUCUGGUGACGAGGGAGCCCUCAGUGUCCCUCCUACGAUGGGACAGGGGCCCGGUGACCACUACCACUGUCCCGACCACCACGGACCGGCGCCGGACGGAACCCGUCUCUCUCGCCACGCUACAGAAAGACUGCUUCGUUAUCCCGGCGCACGCGCUUGAUCGGUUUCUGCCUGAUGGGGUACCGCUUCCAGUUCCGCCUCCAACGCCAGAAAAAGGAAUGACAACAAAGACUGCACAAAACUCCCUUAGCAUCCUUGAAAUAGCUGACCCCAAACUUUGUAUAUUGGCCCAUCUGAUGAGUCCGUUGGAGCCAAUAGAGCCAAUAUUGGAAUCCCCGCUUGCCAAACCUUUGAUAAGACAGAAGUCUGCGGCGGCAGAACUUUUGAACGAAGUAGCACAGGCCAAUACUGCUGUAGGAGGGAUGCUGUUAGCGAAUAUGGAGAAGAAUGCAGAAUUUCCAUUCAUAUCUUAUUAUGUGAUAAAUACAACGCAAACAGACCCUUUGUUAUUCUAUAAUAACAUGAGAUGUGCUUCCUUGAACAAGUUUGAUCCGAAGACGAUACGGUACUCGGCAGCGCAUACACUAGACCUGUAUAGUGAAGUGGCGAUGAUCUGCAGACCUCCUUUCAAUGAUUUAGCUGGUGGACCGAAGAAGUCACACACACCUACAACUGGAUUCAUCAUUAGUGUUUAUAAGGUGUUCGAAGGCGACGAUGGUGAGCGCUUCGAAAGAAAUUGGCUAUACUGGACGGGGGCGCGAAUGCUUUACCGGCACCUGCCUCACACGGUGGGCAUGAGGAAGAUAGCGUUACACAAGUCUGUGGCUGCCCACGGAGACAAGAUGUAUCUGUUAGUGUGCGAGUGUGCCAACUUAAUGGACGAUCUGUCGGGGGCCGCGAUGCUAGUGACAGCACUGAGAGCGCGUCUGUGUGGGUACACCGGCCUAUACAGGCCUAUACAGACUUUCUAGUAAAGGAACGUAGGCCUAGAUGGCCUUGAGUGUGUUGUUUUCAAUUUUGCGGACAUCAAUAGUUUAGUGUAGGUUAGUUCUGUUGGGUCAUGAAUUUGGAAUAUAAACAUCACUAUAAAAGAAACUUUUCGCGUCUUUAGUGGCGCUAGCGUAGCAUAUGGCAUCUUGACGCAUAUACCUUAUACCAGCGCCACCCGCCACCUUAAACAACCGACUACAAAAUAAUAAUUGAACAAUAAAACAAGUAAUAAGAAUAACAAAGGAUGAAUAAUAACAAAUUCAUGACCUGACUCAAAAUUGGAUCUCUAUUUAGUCGAUCUAGAUGUCCCAGCAAAAUCGGUCAUAAACAGCACACGUGAACAAACGGACCAAAGUAUUAAUAUUACAUUUAAGGUUAUCUUAAAUGGUGUACAAUAUUUGACUGGGUACAGGCGAGUCGAGCCGAAGUGUUCUUGAUCUAGAUAUAAGAAAUUUUAAUCAUAAAACGAGUGAUUUUCCUCUGUAGACGCCAUUUUUCUCGAUUUCUCACUAUACUUUUGAUAUGAUCUACUAACGCGAAUCACCUCACUCUUAACAGUUUUCUAGAUGAUAAAAGAUAUUUAAUAAAUGAUAGAAUUCGAUAAUAUUUUGUUAUAUUUGGGUGAAGUCUUCCAUAGAACGGCGUACGAACCCAAUAAUUACCUACAUGUUCGAUUGAUACCGAGAUUUAGUAUAGGAUGGUAAACAGCUCAAAUAACCCCUUUUCUAUUUUUGCCUAAAGUCUUUUGAAAGAAAAUUAUUUUUCGACUUUUCCAAUUUUCUGACAUAUCUCGAGAUACAUAUCACUAAUCUCACGAGUUCAAUCGAAUCGAAAAUAAAUAUUUAAAUCCAUUGCCUAUCUAUGUACCUACUUCGAUUUCACUAUUUCAUAAUAAAAGUAUCUUGAUUAAACUUAGGAAUAAAAAAAAUUGUGAUGCUAACAAAAAGUAAAAUAGUUCGCCUUAAAAUUAACAAAACCGUUGCUAUUUUAGAAACGCACAAAAUUAUUAUAUUUAUGCUUAAUUCUGAAUAGGACAAACAUAAAUAAUAAUACAGAUACGUAUUCAGUAAGAGUAUUUAUUUAAAAAUCGUUAUGGAUACAAAUGAUUAAAAUGUCACUUAAUAUAGACGUGACGUAGGUACCUAUUAUAAUUUCAUAAUAAAUACCCCUUUUACUACCAAAUUUUAAUCAUUUUCAUCUGAAAUUACCUGUUUAAAUACUUCUUAAAACCUACCUGUGUUUUAAUAAAAUAAUACUGUAGGUAAUUCUACGUAUUCAUAGACUAACCAAAAUAUGUACUUAAUUUAAAUUAAUGACAUUAGCUUUGUGCACUGAUUAAGUUAGGUUUACAUUACGACAGGAUUGCCUAAUUGAAUCCUAAUUCUUGGAUCUUAUAAAGAGUGAUACAUGCCGUUCUUUAUUUGAGGUAAAUUGUCCCAAUAUGUAAACCCAGCUUAACACAAAAACCAUAAUACUUAAUAUUAAUAUUCCUGUUAUUUUUCGAAACUUAAAAAAUAUGACCAACGAGCCUAACCGAAUAUUGUGAUUCAUUAUAAUAAUAAAUUAAAGAAUAUAAUAAUAUCCACAAAGUGUAAACAUACAUAAGUAGUAUUGGCUUGAGAAGCAUCAAUAUAUAUUUUAUCAUAAGAUUUUAUAAUAGAAAAUAAAUAACUUGAAAUUAAACAUAUGCUUUUUAACGUUACAUGGCUUGUUUUGAUUGUAAUUUUAACAAAAUGGAUAUUUCGAUUGUAACCUACUAAUUAUUGUAUUAUUUUCUAUUUUAUCAAACGGCUAUAUCAGGGCUUACUUUGUCUAACAGUCUAAGUUAUUAGAGUUUUCUCUACCUUCAGAUCGUAUCUAUCCUGGAUAAAUCACAGGACCCUUCCUUCCAUAAACUUGUAAAAAUAUCAAAAUGUCAGCAUUAAUAUUAAUACCUACAUACUACACAGUCCUUUAGGAGUUACAAAGCGUCUACAAGAAUCUACGUUAAUGCACUUACAAAAUAUGGCCAUUUGAGGCCUAUGUUCAGAUGUAAAUUUUGACAUGUUUCAAGUCAAAAUUUAUUGGUAAGGUACCAAUAGCUAUUAAUCGUGAGAACAGAGUUUAAAAAUCUUAAGUACGGAGGGUAAAAAGGUAAUUAAAACUUACAAUUACCUACAGGUCUUUUUUUUGUAUAAAACUUUGGGUAUUGGUUUUGAUUUAGCAAUCAGUUAACAUUAAGUGCUUCGAAAUGCGUAAAGUUCGUAUCGAUUAAAAAGGUUUCCUUAUGAUAUGGUUCAGUUCACACAAGAUUACUUUGGCAAUCGUGCUAAUUCUAGUCAAUUUGUAGUUAGCAAAACAAAGCUUGCAAGUUUGGUAAAAAAAUACAAUUAACACUAUAUUCAAUCAGUUGUUUUAGUAAUUACUUACUUAGCUAAAUUUAGUAAACUUAAACAAUUGACCUAACAUAGUUUUUGCCAACAUAACAAUUUUAAAUAAAAACGUUUUUAGAUUUCGAUAACACCAAAUCAUUAGAAGUAUUUCAUUUUAGAGUAUUAUAGUUAGACAUUAAUGCAAUUUUAUAAGGCUUAAUAAUGUUAUUUAUUAUUAAUAAUUAUUAGAGUAACUAUAAGGAGUUGAAACAUUUGGGUUGUGUGGUACCAAAAAUCUAACUUUUGCAAUUAUAUAAUGGAGAUGUUCUUGAUAGAAUGUUAUAGGCAUAUUAUA